AUGGAACUGGUUAACAGCUCACUGGACUACUUCACCAGUAACUUCACAGAGAUUCCAGACACCACUACAGCCCAACCCUGGAGUGAGGCCACACUCCUUGGUCUCCAGGUCUCCCUGUCUGCUCUGUUAGCUGUAGUCACGCUGGCCACUGUGCUUUCAAAUGCCUUUGUCAUCGCCACCAUCUUCCUGACCAGGAAGCUCCACACACCUGCCAACUUCCUAAUUGGCUCUCUCGCCGUCACAGACCUGCUGGUUUCUAUUUUAGUCAUGCCAAUUAGCAUCGUCUAUACUGUCAGCAAGACCUGGUCGUUGGGGCAGAUUGUUUGUGACAUCUGGCUGUCAUCUGAUAUCACGUUCUGCACGGCCUCCAUCUUGCACCUGUGUGUGAUUGCACUGGAUCGCUAUUGGGCCAUCACGGAUGCGCUGGAGUACUCUAAGCGCCGCACCAUGCGCCGUGCGGGGAUCAUGGUCGGGGUGGUGUGGGUGAUUUCUAUAUCGAUUUCCAUGCCUCCACUUUUCUGGCGGCAGGCCAAAGCCCACGAGGAGCUUACAGAGUGUGUGGUGAAUACAGAUCAGAUCUCUUACACCCUUUACUCAACCUUUGGCGCUUUCUACGUUCCCACAGUGCUCCUCAUCAUCCUCUAUGGUCGGAUUUACGUUGCGGCCCGCUCUCGCAUCUUUAAGACGCCAUCAUCGUCUGGGAAGCGUUUCACCACAGCACAGCUCAUCCAGACCUCUGCAGGAUCCUCUCUCUGUUCUCUUAAUUCCGCCUCCCACCAUGAAGCACACCUACACUCUGGCAAUGCGGGAGGUGGGGGAGGAGGAGGUGGAGGAUCGCCUCUGUUCAUGAACAGUGUGAAAGUGAAGCUGGCAGACAGCGUGCUGGAGAGGAAACGUCUGUGUGCAGCGCGGGAGAGGAAAGCAACAAAGACACUGGGCAUCAUCCUGGGCGCGUUCAUCGUCUGUUGGCUUCCCUUCUUCGUUGGCACGCUUGUCAUGGCGAUAUGCAAAGAGUGCUGGUUUGAUCCAGUGCUGUUUGAUAUCUUUACAUGGCUGGGAUACCUGAACUCCCUUAUCAACCCUGUCAUCUACACUGUAUUCAAUGAUGAGUUCAAGCAGGCUUUCCAAAAACUUAUCAAAUUCAGACGGUGCUCCUGA